AUGUUAUCCAUAGAACAAGUGAAAUUUAUCUUAUUUCAAAAUAUGGAUCAAUCUACACAAGUCAAUUUUCCAAUAGUUCCUAAAUACGAAAAGAAAAUAUGGAGACACCAUACUUCUCAGGAUCUGUUUUCCUCGCUUCCCAACCCUCAAAGGAACAUUACGCCAACUAACUCUUGGUCGCAACUAAAGUCCCUACCUAGUCGACAAAGGCUGAACUUUACCUCGGACACGAUAAACAGGACUAAAAUAGCGUACUUGGAGAGCCCCGUUACGAAUUUAUCACAUCCCUCGCUAAUGGAGACCGCUCUGGGGUCCAUAUCCAGGGAGAGAACGCCUCCGUUUUCGAGCAAUUCCAGCGUUACUUCCAACGGUCCGUAUAUGGUUGUCCAACCAUCGCGACCAAAGGUGAAAUUACGAGACGAUGAAACUCAUCCGAAAGCUUACUGCCGAUGUUACGACGUCGAGACGUCGUCCAACAACGAUAAGAUGCAUCUCGCUAACACGUCGGAGGGCCUGUCGUGGCGAAGAUUGCACAUGUCCCGGGCUAAACUCAAAGCCACGGCCACCACGUCCGAACUCCUAUCGGGAUUCGCCAUGAUUGCAAUGGUAGAACUUCAAAUAAACACUCCGACCAACGUACCGGAAUGGCUGUUCGUGUUGUUUGCGGUGUGCACGACCGUCUUGGUGGCCGUCCACAUAUUCGCCCUGAUGAUCUCCACGUACAUCCUGCCCAACAUCGAGGCCAUAGCGAAGCUGGAAGUGUGCGAAAUGGUGACGGAGAGCCCGCACGAAAGAAUGAAGGGUUUCAUUGAAAUUGCGUGGGCGUUCUCGACCAUUUUAGGUCUUUUCCUGUUCCUAGUGGAGAUCGCCAUAUUGUGCUGGGUGAAAUUCUGGGAUUAUUCGUUUACGGCGGCAGUGGCGGCGACAGUGAUCGUUAUUCCCGUUUUGAUAACGUUCGUUUUGUUCGCAGCGCAUUUUUAUCAUUCGCUGGUCGUGUACAAAUGCAACACGUCCGAUAGCGACAUGGAGAAAUUGGAGAAUCUCAAAAAACAGUUAGACGAAGUGACAAUAACAAUGUGA